AUGAUCGGACGGGGAGAAGGAACAGUGACGGAGACCUUGAGCAACGGAGACACGCCAUUGCACGUGGGAGUCAGACAAGAAGACGUAAGUUGCAUGCAAGUCUUGAUUGAACAGGGAGCUAAUCUUUCUACUGAGAACGAUCAGGGUCAGACAUGCGCGCACUUGGCAAUCUUGGAAGAUCAUGUAGAGGCGCUA